UAAUCAAUUAGUAUCGAAGUACCAUUCUAAUGUGAGGAAAUGUUCGUUCCAAAUACAAUAAAAGUACCUAUAACGAGUAGUCAUAUUAUUUGCACUCUGUCGGUACCGCGAGUCGGCAGGAAUUUAUUAUCUCUAUUUUACGUACUUAAUUUAUAAUUAUAUUUAUUGAGAGAAGGAUUACGGCAAACCAAGGAUAAUUUUUUAUUAGAUAUCCGCUAUUGUUGGCAAAAGAAAAGACAUGUUUGUGGUGUAAGAUGCAGUUAAAGUGAAAGGUCGAGUUUUGUGCACUUUUUGUUUAGGUACUUUUGGUUUUAAAUUAUUGAAAAAUGACGAAGAAAAAGAUAGACUUGGUUUCAUCCGAUUUUAAAUCGACGACCACCUUGACCAAAAAUGAUUUAAUGUCUACUCAAAUUAGUGUCGACAGUUUAGAUAAAAUUUACAAUCCAUACGAUAAUAGGAAUUUGCAACACCCCAACACAUUUCUCGGUGCACUUAUACAUAUCCUGAAAGGAUCCUUAGGCAGUGGUUUACUAGCGGUUCCAAGAGCAUUUAUGAAUGCAGGACUUUUGGUUGGAUUUAUAGGAACAAUAUUUAUAGGAUUCAUCUGUACAUAUACCAUUCAUCUUUUGGUUUCAGCAUCCAAGAAAAUAUGCGUAGAUCUAAAAAUACCCAGUCUUGGUUUUGCCGAAACAGCAGAGGCUAUAUUCGAAAACGGACCCAGUGGAUUAAGGAGGUUUUCGAAGGCUGCAAAACUCUUUGUGGAAAUUUCACUCACCAUGACACAUUUUGUAGGAAAUGCAGUAUAUGUUGUUUUUAUUUCUGAAUCACUUGCUAAGCUAGUAGGAUCCUUCCAUCCUCCAGCUCAAGCAUGGGGUCAAUUUUUCAAACUCGUAAUUUUAGUUCUUCUGAUUUUCUUCUGUCAGAUAAGGGAACUGAAGCAUAUAGUACCAUUCUCAUUUGUAGCUAAUAUAACAAUGAUUAUAGCUUUAGCAAUCACUGGCUAUUACAUGGUCAAAGAAAUUAUACACGUAGACCCAAGUGAAAGAAAUUUAGCUACGAGUAUCGCUGGAAUACCCUCCUUCUUUAGCACGGUCGUGUUUGCUAUGGAAGGCAUAGGUACUAUAAUGCCGGUGGAGAAUUCAAUGAUUGAAGAUAGAUUUGUAGGAUGUCCCGGAGUAUUGAACAUUUCCAUGAUUUUAGUGGUAACUUUUUAUACCAUUAUUGGAUUCUGUGGAUACUACGCCUUUGGAGACAUGACUCAUGCUACAAUUACCCAAAAUUUGCCUGAUGGAGAAGUGUUAGCACAAGUAGUUCAAGCAUCAAUAUCCUUAGCCAUCUUUUUCACAUUUAUGCUGCAAUAUUACGUUCCAAUCGACAUCACCUGGAGAAGAUUGGAACCUUAUAUUCCUAAAGACAAACAAAACAUCGUGCAAAUCUUAUGGCGAAUACUCACAGUGUCAUUUAUUGUGGGAGUUGCAGCAGCGGCAGGUGACCAUUUGGGACCCUUAAUUGAUCUCCUAGGAGCAGUAUUCUUUUCAACUUUAGGACUAUUUAUUCCUACCUUCUUGGAUAUCAUUGUCCAUUGGAAGAAAUGGGGCAAAUUCAACUGGAUUUUAGUUAAAGAUUUACUUUUAAUAUUCUUCUUUUUAUUCGGUUUGAGCUCUGGUACUUACUACGCAGUGCUUAAUUUUAUAAAAUAGUAGGAUACAUAUUAGUUUCUAACGUGUGUAAUUAUUGUUCUAUAACGUUGACAAAUCUAAUUUUUGUUUUAAUAAAUUAGAAUUUUUAGCCCAAUCUUAAUAUAUUACUUUUCAACACUGG